AAGAAGAUAUAAACGAGGGUGCGUUGUAGCGUGACUGUCAAAUCUACAUAUUCUCUCUCUCUCUCUCUCUCUCUCUCUCUCUCUCUCUCUCUCUUUCUCUCUUUUGGGAGAUUCGAUUCAAUCGCCGAUCAUUUCGGCUUUUCCAAUCUAUGUCUACUGCCUCUCUUCCCUAACUAUAAUGUUCUCAGAUUUUCAAGAACCUGUAUUGAAUUGAAAAGAGGAUUCUUCUUCACCAACUAAGGACCUAAAAAAACAAAAGGAAUUAUGGAGGGAGAUACAUUUUCAGGCUUAGGUAAUGGUACUCAAGUAGAUGGAAAAGUUUUUCAGACAUUCCAGAAGAGUUUUGUACAAGUGCAGAACAUAUUGGAUCAAAAUAGGUUACUAAUCAAUGAGAUUAAUCAGAAUCAUGAGUCCAAGAUUCCUGAUAAUUUGAGCAGAAAUGUUGGUUUAAUCAGAGAGCUUAACAAUAAUAUCAGAAGAGUUGUUGAUCUUUAUGCUGAUCUUUCUUGUAAUUUCACCAAAUCAGUUGAUGCUUCAUCUGAAGGAGAUUCAAGUGGUGUUUUGAGAUCAGAUGGAAAAGCUAAUCACAAGAGAAGCAAGCCUCAUGUUUAAAAGGGAAAAAAAGGAUUAAAAAGUUAAAGUCCUUUUUUUAAUCCUUUUUCUUGAUUCUUUUAUCAUUGUGGAAACAAGAAAAUCCCUAAAUUCUCUGAGGUAGAAGAAGAUAAAUUAAUGAUUAGUUAAUAGUAUAACCUUUUUUAUUUUUUAUUUUCCUGUAGUUGUACUUUAUUUAGUACCUUACUCAAAAAUAAUGACCCCCCAAAAAUGUGUUCCUUUGUUAAUGUUCACCUGCAGAUCUAAUUGAAGCAAAAGAAGAUGUUUGUAUCUUCUUGUUGGUAAA